UUCUCUCUUCCAUCUUCAUCCACCAAUCUUCUCUAUCCUCCUAUUUAACGAAUUUCUCCAAACAGCACAGCCCCCCACUCCACGCCCACCCCUACCCCAACUGCCCCGACCCAUAUAUAUAGGAGCUACACUUCUUCCCAAAUCAAUCAAAAACCCUAUCUCCCAUUCCAAUUUACAGCUGGAACAUCCCCAAUCGAAGCUCUCAACUUUCAAUUUUGUGUAUAUUUUUUUUAAAAAAAUCUUACUUCCGUGUAUGUAAAGAUCAGAUUUAGUCCUGUUGACUCGAGUUAUUCUUGAAAUUUACAUGGAAUUAGUAAUAAGUAGUUGUUUUUUUGUUUGAUUUGCAUUUUUUACUAAUUUUGGAUGUAACCCAUGUAAAAUAGUUCGAGUUUAGGGUUAGUUUUUGUUUUCUUUGUUGAUUUUAAUAAAGUAAUGGAAAUGGAGGGUUCUCGUAGACCGUUUGAUAGAUCAAGAUUAGAGCCAGGACCUAAGAAACCAAGAUUAAUCGAAACCCCAAUUGGAACUGAACGAGGUUCUAAUGGGCGAAGCUUUAUUCCUCAAAGGGCAGCUGGGAAUUCGAGGAUUCGAGCUAGUGAUAAAGGGGGAGAGUUGGAAAGCAGUGAUUCAAUUCGCGGGCCUUAUCAACAACAGCAGCAGAAUCAGGAGCUAGUGAGUCAGUAUAAGACAGCUUUAGCUGAACUGACAUUUAAUUCGAAGCCGAUAAUCACAAACUUGACUAUAAUUGCUGGUGAGAAUUUGCAAGCUGCUAAGGCGAUUGCUGCUACUAUCUGCAACAACAUUAUUGAGGUUCCUACUGAGCAAAAGCUGCCAUCUCUAUAUCUUUUGGACAGUAUUGUGAAGAACAUCGGCCGGGAUUAUAUUAAGUAUUUUGCCACCAGGCUACCUGAGGUUUUCUGCAAAGCUUAUAGACAGGUUGAACCUUCAGUACAUCCUGGGAUGCGGCAUCUUUUUGGAACUUGGAAAGGAGUAUUCCCCCCUCAACAACUGCUAUUAAUUGAGAAGGAGCUCGGAUUUGCUACUGGUGUCAAUGGCUCAUCAUCAGGAACAUCUAGGCCUGAUCCACAGGCUCAACGACCUGCACAUAGCAUUCAUGUAAAUCCGAAAUAUCUGGAGGCACGGCAACGCCUACAGCAAUCAACCAGGGCAAAAGGAGCAGUUAGUGACAUCAGCAGCACUCUUAAUGUAAAUGAGGACACAGAGAGACCAGAGAGAACGACCAGUGUUAGUUCUGGAAGAUCAUGGAUUGAUCCCUCCAUUAAGUGUGCUCAGAAAGAAAAGUUGAAUGAGCAUGUUCCUGAGAAAACUAUCAGUGCCGCAUAUGGAGAUUCGGAUUAUGUUUCUGAUCUGUCGAGACGUUCUGCCUUUGCAGUAGGAAGAGGAGGUGAAAGAUUUAAAGAACAGGGGUUCGAUAAACCUUGGUAUGAUUCCGGGAAUGGUAAAAUAUUGAGCCAAAGAAGUGGCUUGGACAUUAAGCACGGUUUCCAAAGUAUAGCCCAAAAAUCUGCAACCUCUGAUGCACAUCCACAACUGAUACCGUCCUUGCCAAAUAGAACCAGUUUAAUGGAUAGGAGCUGGAAGAAUUCUGAGGAAGAGGAGUACAUGUGGGAUGAUGUAAAUAGUGCAGCUAAAGACCGGUGGGCAUCUGAGGAUUCAGAUAAAUCUGACUUAGAAAAUCAACUACGGAGAUCACAAAGCAUAAAGGAGGUUGGGUUAAGGGCUGAUAGUGAAGCCUCAGCUGAUUCUCUUUCUGCCGAAGAGAGAGGGCCAGCUACUUUUGGGAAUCAAAUGUCAGCAAUGUGGUCCAGGGAAUCACAUUCUUUAGAUGGAGCUAGGCAUUCAGCUUCUGUUCAAGGUGCUCCAGUUCAUCCAGAAGGCUAUCAAACUUCUUUCAGCGGGUUGUCAAAAGCUGCAAAUUCAGUAGGUAGGGCAUCUUACAAGUUACAGACAGGCUCAGUCCAUGUUGGAACGCCAAAUUUUGGGCCGAUGAAUGCAACUCUGGAAUCCAGGGUGCAACAGGGAGAGACUCUCAGAGCUGCCUCUCCCUCUGCUCAGUCACCAAUGCAUCAGCGUCCUCCAUCCCCAUCACUUAUAACAAGCAACACUAAUCAAUUAAUUAACAGUCUCGGUGAGCAGUACCAGAUGCAGACCAGUUCUCGUUCUGAUCCAAGACUAUCCCAAAUCUCAAGGAGGUCAAAUCUAGAUCCCCGUAACCAGUAUGCUCAGGAAUCUCUGGCAAUGCAAUCUCGGAAUACCGUUUCAGUUAAUUCACAAAGACAACAGUCUCCAAGUUUGCAGAAUUCGUCUGCCUUGGCUUCUUCUCAUCAGUUGAGACAUAAUGCUCAGCGGGAAAGCCUGGAAUCUGAAUAUUCUGGUCAACCCAAGAAUUCAACAGUUCCUCAGAUUUCAGGUUUUCCUGAUCCCUCUAGCACUAGCAGUUUGUUGGCUGCUGUUUUGAAAAGUGGAGUCAUUGGUAGUAAAUCAAGUUCUGGUACUACACCGAGUUCUCUUGAUAAGGGUGCUCUGUCAUCCCAAGCCAGUGCACAGCCUCCUCCCGGCCAGUUUUCCCCAUCUGGGCCCAGGAUCCCACAGACCUCUGUCUCUAGUCUAUCGAUGGACAGGAAUGCUUCAAACCCUCCAAAUUAUUCCCAGAGAAAUGUAGAACAGCCACCAUUGCCACCUGGUCUACCUCCAACUCCUGUAGGGAGUGCAUCAAUGCAGCCUCCGAAUGCACCAAAUACCGCUUCCAGCCCUCUAUCAAGUAUUUUGAGUACAUUGGUGGCGAAGGGGUUAAUAUCUGCAUCAAAGAAGGAACCACCUAUUUAUACUCCUUCAGAUACACUUCCUCAAACUCAGAACCUUAUUCCACCUGCAAACUCCAUUUCAACUCCUGCUUUAUCUGCUCCAAUAUCCUCAUGUGUUCCUUCCUCAGCUCCCAAGGAUGAUCUUUCUCUCUCAAAACCUUCUGCUAAAACUGCUGAUGCCUUACUUCAGUCCGCGAAAGAAGAGGCAAAAAGUCUCAUUGGGCUUGCAUUUAAGCCAGAUGUGAUUCGGAAGUCCCAUCCUGCUGUGAUCAGUGAACUUCUUGAUGACGUUCCACAUCAUUGUGGCAUAUGCGGUUUUGGACUUAAACUCCAAGAGAAACUUGAUAGACACUUGGAGUGGCACUCAUCGAGAAAUCCAGAUCCCAAACUGUUGAAAAAUUCAAGAAAGUGGUAUUUAAAUUCUGGGGAAUGGAUUGCUGCAUUUGGUGGCCUCCCUUGUGGUGAUAAAUCCAAAGGGCCAGCUGGAGGUUCUAGAGAAACAUCAGAAUGUACUGAGACCAUGGUUCCUGCAGAUGAAUGUCAAUGUGUGUGUGUUUUGUGUGGUGAGUUUUUUGAAGACUUUUACAAUGAAGAAAGUGACGAAUGGAUGUUCAAAGAUGCUGUUUACAUGAGUAUUCCAAGUGAAAGUGAUUGUCAGGGCCCGAUAGUCCACAAGACGUGUAUUUCAGAAAGUUCUUGUCAAGAAUUGGGGCUUGCCUAGGAUAUAAAUUGGUGUUGGAUGCUUGAUGUUUGUUCUGUUAAUCGAAGAUAACCAGGUUCAUUUGGAAUUACUUGUAAUGGUUAUACAUCUUCUUGUUAAGUAAGCCUCUUCCAUGCUUUUGUUUGAAACAACAAUGAAAUGGAAAUUCUAGAUACUAGAACAGUUUGCGCAUCACAUAUUCCAUAAUUUGAUACUUUCUGUCCGCUUACAUUGUCCUCAGUGACGUUUUCAGUUUCAGUUACUGAUGCUAUUGAACAAAAAUCAUCCAGCUGCAUUUCUGUUCAAGAUCCAACUCAAACUUGCCAAAGCAAACUACUGAGUGUGCAUUCACUUUGUUGGAAUAUUAAAGGUUUAGAACUUUUACCAAUUAUCCAACCUCAGCUGCUUUGUUCCUUUUAAGUUCUCAGACACUUGGGCUAUCAUUGCAACCAUAUCGUUGGUCUUAGAUGAUGGAUAUUUCCAGAUUUUGAUAGAAGUUCUUCGUUUAUUGGGAUGUAAUUUCAUUGCCUAUAUGUUUUUUUGCAAGUCCUUAGUUUUUACUUCUAGUAGAAAGUAGGUGGUUCUUGAAGCUGUGGACUGAACAUUCGUUGACGUUAGUUGCUGCUCAAGCUGAUGAGGAUCUUUAUAGACAGAGACUUCUGUGGAAUUAUUCAUUGUGAAAUUA